CCCUAAUGGACAGCCUGCUUUUAAGUCCUCUUCCUGGAAUGAAAUGAGUCAAGAACUUAAAGAGAAAACAGGAUGUGCUUAUACUGGUGGUCAGUUGUGUGGAAAGUAUAACAGAUGCAAGGAUUUACACAAGCGGUUCUUAGAGGUGUUAAACCACACUGGGGUAACAUUCAAUGCUGAAACAAAUAAGGCUAUAGCAGAUGAUGAAGUUUGGGAGAGUUUCUUCAAGAAAAACAAGAUAUUCAGAACUCUAUACAAACAAGGUUGCAAACAUUAUGAGAUGUAUUGUCUUAUUUUUGGCAACAACUAUGCUACUGGAGGCCUUGCGAACCCUUCAACGCAACAACCAGUGAACUCCAAUGAAGAAAGGCAAAAUGAAGAUAACUUUAUAAUGACUGAUACAGACAACUUACCUAGAAGUUGUGGGAAUAGUUCUAAGGGCAAACGAAGUGCAGAUGAGAUGACUGGUAGUGGUAAAAUGAGUGUUAACAAGAAUUGGAGAAAUGAACUUGCUUCUGCAUUUGUGUCGUACAACAGUAUAAUGUCUGAAGAUUUGCAUGACAGGAGAGAGGAGCGAAAGGAAAAGAAACUUAGGCAACAACAUAGGCAACACCGAGAAGAAUCUGCGAGUGAAAUGAGUACGGGAAUGACCCAUGUUGAUAGUAUGACGAGAAGUGUGCAAAUUCUAAACACAUUCUCAACUCUUAGCUCAGAAGCUUAUAAUCAUGCUUUUGAAAAACUUGCCACGUCUGAAGCUCACCGAAAUGGUUUUAUUGCAAUGCCCGAAGAUAGACGAUUGGCUUGGUUGCUUUCCCUCUAA